AUGAAUAGUUCUGAUGCAAUAAUGGUAGACAAAGGUUUUUUAAUUGAUGACCUGUGUAUGUCAAAAAAUAUACAAAUAAUUCGACCACCAGUCCUAAAAAAUAAAAUUCAAUUUUCUAAAUCUGAAGCAUUACUUAAUAAAGACAUUGCUAGUGCCCGCGUUCAUAUUGAAAGGAUUAACCAAAGACUUAAAGUAUAUAAAAUACUACAAAAUAAAUUUAUUUGGUCACACAAUUACUUAGCUUUUGAUAUUAUUACAAUCAUAAGUGGAAUUUGCAAUCUAAGUACCCCAAUUUUUGCAAAUGAUAAAUUCCCUGUUUGA